UUACAUUACCAAAGCCACUUGGCUUAGUUACAAGCAGACUGAAAAACAAAGACCUAGAACUUAUGAGGAGACGAAACCAGAAUUAUCAUCUAUAGGCAGAAUUAUAUUCAUUAUAUAUAUACAAUAG